AUGACGCUGCCUUUGAUGCGAGCUGCGGCUCGGCACAGUCUCGGAGGCAAUAAUCUUCAUGUGCCGACAUACAAUAUACACAAUCGCACAGCACCGUCAUUUCUGUCGAGCAUCGUCCCAAUCCCGCGCUCUACCUCAUGUUCACAGCGACCCAUUAGCAAUGCGACAGCCUCCACCUACAAACAAGAAAGCCGCCACACAAACGAAGAACAAGAUGCCCACCACAAGCAGAACAACCCUCAAUUAGCCUCAAGAUCACAACCCGUCGCAUCUUCCCCCACAAUAUCAACCUCUACUCAAGUUCGGCUGCUCAUGCGCCAGGUUCCUUACCCCGUAGCCAUCAUUACCGCUACCGAUCCCACCACCAGUCCCUCCGAGACGACCUCCUUCCGAGGAAUGACCGUCUCCUCCUUCAACACCGUCACACUUCACCCGGAACCCGUAAUAUCAUUCAAUGUCAAGCGUCCCUCCGAAACCCUCAAUGCAUUGAUCAAGUCAGGCCGGUUCCUCGUCCAUUUACUCGCUUCUAGUCCGGCUACCGCAACGCUAGCCAGAGACUUUUCCAAAGGCAAUACCACUCUUGCAUCGAUACUGAGUGGCCACGGGGAUUUUGAAUUCUCGCCGCUGAGCACACAUGAGCAUAGCGAGCGGCCUCUACCCUUGCUGAGGCGCCGCGGCUCCGACUCAAGCCAUCAAGUCUCGGAUUUCCCAUUCGUUUUAGAAUGCACACUACACCAGAACAUCCUCGACGUGCACGAUCAUUCGGUCGUCUUGGGCACGGUGGUACGGACGAUAGAAAGUCCUGUCACACAUUCGCAUAGUGCGCAUUCACCCGAGCAUUUGUGUUUGACCUAUGCGAAUACCAAGUUCUGGAAGAUGGGUCAUGAGAUUUGA